GCUGCCGGGGAGACAGACAGACAGACAGACGGGAGGAUGACCGUGUCUGGACAAACAGCUGUGCUCCACGAGACGUGGCCCGGGAGAUGCCGCGCGCGCUUCUGGAGGCUCUUUCCUCACCUGACGCUGUGCUGCGCCUUAGUGGCUUACACGAUGCUGGGCGCGCUGGUCUUCAUGCAGGUCGAGGGGGGAAGGAAAUCCAGCACCGAGCAGGAAUACCGCAACUUUCUGUCGAGCAUCGUCAAGAUGGUCCAGAACGACACCAAUAACAAAUCCUGCACGCUCAACCAAACGGUUAGCAAAGUUGUGGUAAAAAUGCAGGAUUUCAAGUCCGUAUGGUUCCAGAGCCCCAGCAGAUGGAAUUUGUUUGGUUCCGUCUUCUUCUGCUGCACUAUUUUGUCAACUGUUGGAUAUGGGGAAAUCUAUCCAGUCACCUUGCUCGGUAAAGCGCUGUGCAUCAUUUAUGCGAUGGUGGGCAUUCCUCUCAUGCUCCUGGUCAUUCUCGACGUGGGAGACUUUCUCGCUCUGGUGAUGUCCAAAGCCUACAACCGCGCCCGCGCCCUCUUCAAGACGUGGUCACGGUGGAGAACUCGCAGGAGAAGACCCUGGUCAAACCGGCGGACUCUGGACGAUGGCACCUUGCUUCGUCAACCUCUAGACAUCCGGCAGGUGCUGAACACUCAAGCAGAUGUUCGACACAAGUCCAUUCAUCUCCAAAACAACAAAGAAAUCUUUGAAAAGCUGCUGGCCAGAGAUAAUUUAAUGAGAAAGGAUCCACUACUCAGGUCCCUCUCCUGCCCUGAACUCGAACAGAUGCCACAACCACCUAGUGAAUUUGCCAUAUGGGAUUUCUCGGGGUUAGGGAAUGUAAUGGAAGACUUUGACGUUCCAUUUAUACUCAUCCUUUUCAUUGUAUUUGCAUAUAUUUGCUUCGGAGGUAUAAUCCUCCCACUGUGGGAACCUCAAAUAGAAGGAUUUGACUCUUUCUACUUUUGCUUCAUCACACUCACUACAAUCGGAUUUGGUGACAUCAUACCUAAAGACUCCAAGUGUUUCUGGAUAACCUCCCUUUUUUUUGUGGUUGGCAUGAGCAUUAUGUCCAUGGCUUUCAAGCUAAGCCAAAAUAGAAUCGUUUCUUUUUAUCGUAACUGCAUCCGGUUCAUUGGCAGGGCAAAUGCUGAAACUACAGAAAAUGUGGAAAAGAAGUAAGUCGAGAUCUUCUGAAUCAAGUUUUGGGAUUGUGGAAUUUAUUAUUUCCUGGAUUUAAUCAAUUAUUUAUUGUAUCUGUUUUUCAUAAGCAUGGGUAAUUAUGAAGUCAUGCAUGUGGCAAACACUUUAUCCAGUGAAUGGCUGUCAUGAUUAAAAAGAUUUGUUUUCAAACAUUUAAAGGGGUAGUAUUAUGUUUUCCAGUCACUUAGUUUUCCACACGAUCAAGUAACUGCUACCUUCAUUUGUUACAAUAAUGCUGUAUAUAUCAAAUAUGACAAAAAAGAAAUUGAUAUCUUAGUUUAAUGCCUUGAAGCUAAGAAGGCAUCUGUCUCUUUAAAACACCCUGCUCUUUCUGAAACUCCGCAUUCAGGGAGUCACCACAACAUCGCUUCUCUAUUAGCCCUUCAACAACCAGCAUUUCACUGAGGUGUAGCUCCUAUAAUGAGCUCAGCAGAUGCACAGUUCCUCCUGGUAUUUGCCAAUUGCUGCAGGCUAGUCUGAAGGAGCUGAGUCGCGUGAGAGGGGUGCUCAAUGAGGCAGAAGCUUGGAACUGCAGCCGUGAGGUUCCAAGCUCACAGCUCGCCUGCCUUCGUCGUAGAAGGCAGGAGAAGGAGAUGAACCCUCCUGCGGUCUUAAGAGAUGGGGUCAUUUGCACUUUUACAAGUUUUUGUCGUGGUUUCUGAUGGAACAACCCCCUCAGUUCCCUCUGUCCGGCCGUGAUAUUUGCCGUCCUCCUCCUGAGCGUUUCAAAGGAUCUCUCAUACAUGUACGAGAGAAUCACGUUGAUACUCCCAGGUAUGUUUUUGAUGAGGGAAUAACAUGAUGUAAAACUAAAAGUAGACAUUUUUUUACAUAAUACUGCCCCUAUAAAUACUGCUCAUCAGGAUUAUCCUGCAGGAAAGUGAUUUGACAGUUUUAUUUUUGAGUAUUGCAUGAGAUAUUUUUUAUCCAAAAGGAUUUGCUGCAGAAUAUGCACAAAAAAAAUGUCCAUAUGUUUUCUCUA